AGAUUUUUCUUAAGAUUUACGGUUUUAUAUCGUUUUAGUUCCCAUUCAAACUAAUUAUGAUCGAUGUUUCAACUAUUAUAAUUUAUUUCUGAAUUAAUUGUACAAAUGCUUUACCUCGUAAUCAAUUUAGAGCUUGAAGAUAGUGAUCGGAGCAGAAGCAUACCAAUUAUGUGCGUCUUUUAUAAUUUUACAUGUGCGUGAAUGAAAUGUCAGAAAUAUUACGCAUUUACUUUGAUUUCUUACUGUUUUGACCAUGUAAUGCCGCGUCAACGUGAAGAUAUAGUUUUGCAUCACCGCGAAGCAAACCUGCAAUUCAGUUGUAAUGAAACGAACAAAAGUGUAGUGUCGGUAGGCAGGUUUUGACAGCCGGCAGGCUCGUCGAGAGUGACUUACGGUUGGCUUCCUAUAAAAAUGAACAGUCGUAGUAGUGUAAAUGAAACGAAUUUGGUGAAUUUCUCGGCGGAUCUUUCAACAUUGAAUCAAUUGGAAACUAAAGACGGCCUGCUGAGUUUUCCUUUUGAUCAUAUAUACGCAUGUCACUCUGAAAGUUCGGAUCGCAGAUCGACCCUUACACUCGAUAAGGAGGUUGAAAUUACGACACAUUGUGUAGUUACUGAAGAAAAAGAAUUGGUUGUCAGUAGAAGCCCAGAUGUGACCAGACUCACUGAGCAGCUGUCAGCUUCUGAGGGCCAAAACAAGCGACUCAAAGACCUCCUUGUAUACCACUUGGACCUCAUACAACAACAGAACGAGCUGAUCACUAAAAGAGACAAGUUGUACCAGGCAUUAAAACAAGAGAAUGACACACUUAAGUCGAAGCUGAGUCGCAUGGACAGGCGGCUGACAGUUAAUCAGAGACACUUUGCUAACCCCCCACCUCUGGUGCAUGUGCCUUCCUCCAGCGUGACCAGUGUGACUUCAACCAUUGUCAAAAGUGAACCUAGUCCACCAUCACAGAUAAUGCUUAAUAGUUUUACGGAGCUCCUGUUGACAGAUAGUAGAACAAAUUCCUUUAUAUUCGAAAGUGAUAUUAACAAAGCAAAACCUUUUGCCCAGGAGCCUUUUGAAAUUGCCAGGACUUCAGAAGCAGAUGUAAUUAGCUAUUUACCAGAUAAUUUGGGCGUCCCAACACUCCUGGACACAAACCUCAGCUGCGAAAACUUCACAAUGAUUGAAAGUAAGCGUUCGUUUGUCAAAAAAGAAAUAAAGACUGAAAACCGGCCUGAACCACUGUACACGGUUACAUCAAAUAGUGGAAAUCCGGUUAUACAAAGAAUACAGAGGAAUAGAAGAAGAACUACUUCUGGAAUUAGCAGCUUAAAUCGAAUGAAAAGUCCUGGAGUUAAAGUAGAGCCUGUAGAAAGUGCAAAAGUAUUGGAAGAAGGAAAGCCAUUAGAGCGUAAUUUUAGUGUAAAUAAAAAAUCGAAAAUGAUCAAUACAUACGGGAAAUCCAAAAGUAAUUUUAAGAGAGCCAAUCAAUUCGGAUCCUUGUCGGACCGGCUGCAGCUGAUCGACACCACGCCCACGGGCGAGGACCCCUACCAGCUGGGUGAGGCCGACAUGCGCGAGCAGUCGCCCAUCCCCAAGCUCAUGCUGCAGAAGACCAACCACGGCCGCAUCAAGAUCUGCACCGAGACUGUGGCCGGCGGCCCCGCGCCCUCGCGCCGCAUCUAUGAGCCGCCGCCCGACGCCGCCAAACUCACCAACAAGUUAAAGCUGGACAAUCGGUACAACCUCACCAACACCAAUUAUAUGCACCCAUCCGAAUUGAAGGCGGAAACGUCGCCAAAGACGCUCAUCGUUGUCGAACCUGAUUUAGAUAUAGUUAAAACGGAGCCGGAGAUCGAUUGGCGGAUGUAUAAUCCAAACAAGCCCGGCAACGAGACGAGCCUGUGUGACUUUUCCUAUGGGGAGAACCCCAAUAAUUUAGCAUCUAAUAUUUUGCCCUCGUUGGACGCCGUUGAAUUUCAAGAUUUAUUUUCUUCGGAUCCAUCUUUGAACUUGGACAGCCUGAAUCCAAUAGACUUUAGCCCUACUACUUCUACUACCGACAAGAGCUCACCCGAUAAAUCCAAAAGACGAGCGGGUCGAACUACUAGUCUCGUGGGACCUAAUACAUCAAUGGAAGAAGUAACAGUGACGAGUAAACGAGGAGGGGACAGCAAACGUGGUAGAAAACGAGCCCUUUCCACCGGACUACUCAAAACGAAACGUGAAAAUCCUCCGAAAGGUCCCGCCAUACUCCCACCGACCAGUACAGCCUCCAAACCAAAGUUAGUUAAGGGAAAAUCCGCUUGCCGUGGUAAGAAAUCGCCGCUGCCAGGCAUGGUGACCAAGAAACCGUACCAUACGCUAGUGGGCGAUCCGGACAUCUCGUGGUACCUCGGAUUGGACCCCGAGGUCAAGCCUGAGGACGUGGAUCCUCCCGCUGACAGCAAAGUUUCGACUGUAGAGGUGCCACGAUGGAGAGAAAAGCCCUACACCAGCACGUACACCCUAGAGGGGACAGAGAAUUUAGAUGACAAGGUUUUUGAAAAACGCCACCAAAAAUUAGAAGCCGAGGAGAGACGACAGCUCAGAUGGCACAUGAGGCGUAUCCGCGAGCAGCGGCACGUGGAGCGGCUGCGGCAGCGGCAGCGCGACCCUUGGGGCAGCGCGUCGCCCGCGCAGCCGCCCGCCACCUUCACGAUCUGGCCGCACACGCAGCGCGACGCGCGCUUCAUCGAGAUCACCGACACGUUGCCCGUCAUGGCUUUCGGCGAGAUACUCCCUGCCAUACCGCCGGCAGACUUCGUGUUACCUUGGGUGAGGUCUUCAAAGGCUUUGAAGAGAUCUAAAAGAUCCAAAACAUUGCAUUGAAGUGUUAGACUUUUAAAGGGUGUUGAUAAACGUUUAUUGCGUUAUGAAUUUGUAAAGACAAGGAGUCCUACUUUAAGCAUACAAUGUAUGAUGGAAAUGUUAUGAUUUAAUCAGAGCUCACUAUGACCGGUCAUUGUAAAGAUAACAGCGCAGCAAGUUCGUAACUCGUGUGGGUUCUCUAAAUCUAAAUAUGAUAUCGAUGGUUUGUCACUUAUCUUUUAUGUUCACAAUUUUGUCAUUAAAUAUAGCGACUUAUUAUGCUGCAAUGUGAAACUGUCUUUAUUGACAAAAUGUUAAGCGUACAAUGUUCAUGUUUUAAACCAUAGAGAAGGUCUUUGGGUACAAUAAUUUUCUAAUAAAUUGCUUGCCUACACAAUCGGUGAGGUACUUGCGUAGCGCAAUAACGGAAAGUUUCCAUACGUUUGAAUGUUAUCGUUCGCUUGUAGUUAUUACUCGUCGUAAUUUUAAUAAGGGUGAUUAUUGUACCGAAAUAGUUAUCUUGAAUAAUGCUUUAAUUUUGGUACGGACUGAGUAAUAAAUAGAUCUUAGUUAAAGGAUAUUGGGUGUAUAGAGUACCUGUAUAGGGCUCGGGAGGAAACCGAAAUGAUUAAUAAGGCCUUUUUAUUAUGACUUAUUGCAUAAUUUGAUGAAUUUAGUGAUGUUGAGUGGCAACAUCACUAAAGUCUUCAAAUUAUGCAAUAGGUCAUAAACAAUAUAGUGAUAUUGUUUUUAUAUUUUGUUUCUUAUGGCCUCAGGAAUGCAUUAAAAUCUUUCAGGUUCGUCCCGAGUCCCAGUACGUGUAAUGUCAUACGAAUAUCUUGGUAUUAUCACCAGGCAUCGGAGUUUUUUAUCGCACGUUAAGACUAAUAGCGAGCUAUGGAGUCGACAUUAGCAAUAAAAUUCAUACUCAUACUCAUUCAUCUAUUUAAUUAGUGAUUUUAAUUUUACAAGGACAAGGAUGUUUGUAAACGAUCUUUUAAUUAUGUCUUUCAGGACAUAAUUAAAGGAUCGUUAUAAAUAUUACAAAUAAGAGCAAUGACCAUUUUUUGUAUUGAUUAAUUUAUAUUCAUAAUAUUUUUACCUCUUUUAAUAUACAUAUUGUUUUUUUUUUUAAUUUAAUGAAAUUUCGUAAUAUAAUCAACACAAAAAA